ACGCCAACGUCCGCACCAUCCUAAGGAAGAACACCAACCAGCUUCCAGAAGUCCCUGACUUCGUGCAAACCUGGCACAUUUAUAAUUAAUUAUCCAACAGACUGGUCCUGUUCCGUCCUGUCUGGUCAUUUCCCUCCGCCUCCUUCUUAAACACCUAAACGUCCAACGUCCAACGUCCAACACCUUCGGAGCCACACAAGACUUCGAAUCAGUCAUGGACCUCAGGCCACCGUCUCUCACUAGAUCGCCCUCUUCUUCCUCGAACACCUACUGCUCCUCAGAGAGGUCCUCCCUAGACUACCCAUCGCCGAGCUUGGUGGAGCAGCAGUACAAGCUUUCAUCCAUAUACGACAGUGACACGCCUUGCUCCAUUCCACCUUCUAUCCACCCCGAGCCAUCUCUUCCGCCCCUCAACGCCAUGAGCCAGUCCGAGUGGAGUACGACAUGCGUUAUCCACCCAUCGUCUUCGGCAUCAGCAAUGCCGACGAUCAUGUCGUCCGAGUACGAUGCAUUUGGUGGCUAUGAAUCAACUCUAUCUUCCGCAUAUGACCAGGACGUCUACCAACCCCACCACGCCCAGUCUCACCCAUCUUCUACUCCAACACCAGUCUCCGCUGAAACUGCUCCACGAUCGGCCCCUAGGUCCUCCUCGAGGUCUUCGACCUCGUACCCAUCGGCAUCCUCGGCGGCGGGGUCUUUAACCCCAAAGUUGAAGAUGGAAACAGCAUCCGGUUACGGCCAAGGAGUCGAGGUGUCCCACUAUCCAUCCCCACCACCUAUUCAUUCCGCCUACCACCCAAACAACCCGUCUUACACGAGCAGCGCAUCUGGAUAUCCCUCGGAUGGCCAGUCAUCUUGGCAUAAAUCCGACUACCAGCCCGUUGAACCCGACCAGUUCUACUACCCAGCGGCUGACAAUACCCCAUCUACGCUCACAGAGGACCCAAGGAACCAAUACCGCGCCGCUCGACCUCGCAAGGCGCCCCGCCGGUUGACGACCAGGGAGGAGGCAAAUUACCAAUGCCCGGUCAGUGGAUGUGGGAAACUGUUCAGUCGCAGCUACAACUUCAAGGCACACAAGGAGACACACGACGAAAAGCGGGAGUAUCCAUUCCCCUGCGCGGUCGGCGAUUGCAUCAAGAAGUUUGUCCGGAAGACGGACCUUCAGAGACACCAUCAAAGCGUACACAUGAAGGAGCGCAGCCAUAUAUGCGACUACUGCAGCCGCUCGUUUGCUCGCAAGGACACGCUAAGGAGGCACAUGGAUGAUGGGUGUUCAAAGAGAUUCGAUCUCGGUACACUGGAUCUCCAGGGCGAUAACUACGACGGCCUCAGCCAAGGCGUACGACCGAUGGGAAGUGGUCCCAUGAGCCAAGUGGUUCAGCCACCGGGUGGCCUUCCACCAAUGGCACCCCUCCCUCUGAGCAGCAGCGGCAUGCUCUCAUCGACACCUCGGCCAAUGCGGAGCAGAGACAGGGUGGCAGGUGUGGAAACGAGGCAGAGCCACUUGUGGGGACGUUGUUGACAAGUGGCCAGAGAUGAGAGCUUCUCAGACAAAUGGCACACGAGUAUGCAUUCUCCUUUUCCUUCUCCCGUGGCCUGUUCUAGGUCUGAUUACAGUUUGGUUGCAUACGUGGAUUCAGCGUAAGGAAUGGGGCUAUUAUGGCCGGGUUGUAGAGCUAUUGGGCUGGCGUAUAUGGGAAAUGUCCUGCCAGCAA